AUGCCUCCUUCUCGUUCUCAAUCGUCGCGCACUCCUCAGAAGAGGGUGUCUACUAACGGCCUUGCGCGUCAUAUCGAGCAGCUUGGUCGCGCACCCGAAAUGCCUUGUUCCAAUUGUCAUCAGCACAAUCGUUCUUGCAUCGUGGAUCGCAAGAAGUCUCUCUCAUGCAGCGAGUGUAUUUGUCGCAAGGUUGCCUGUGACGUGACGAUUGACCCGGAUGCUCGUCGUGAGUCUAUGGACGUAUCGCGUCGUCUGGAGGAGGAGGAAGAGAAGCUGAUGCGGGAGAUUGCGGUGCUUCAGAGUCGUUUGAUACGCACUCGUGAACAAAAACGUCAUUCUUUGCGUCGGCAGAAGGAGUAUUUUGACCGUGGAAUGGCUGAUUUGGCGGAGGAAAUGGGGGACAGCGAUCCGCUUGUUUCCGAGGAGCCUGCUACUUUCGAGCCAGGCGUUGCUUUGCCCGAGGUUGGGUUUGACGAGUGGGCGCAGGAGCAGGGACUUGAUCUCCCUGAGAUUCUGUCGCCUGGGGUGGCUGGGGUCGGUCAGGAAAGCGUCGGUGAAAGUUCUCGAUCUCAUCCUUCAGGUUGA